AUGGUACCUCGCUCUGAUGAUGUCCGUCACAUGACGGACGGAAGCUUAGCACCUUUUCACCGGAGUCGAAGGAAAUUGUCUCGGAAAUCGCGUCGGCAUGAAUGUUCCAGCAGAGCCAAUCGACAACUGGUCAAGAGGAAUCGGUCGUCGUCUUCUGGUGGAACCGACCUUCGAAUCUCUUCACGCAACACUUUCACUCGAAGUGGAAGUAAGCUCAACAAUUAUGAAACAAGCGAGUCCUCGAAACCCAACUUUUCUUCACAAUGA